GUUGACGUUCAGAGCAAGAAGGAUUAGCAAACACGCUAAGUAAGGAGGGGGUAUGUGUGAUAACCGUUGUUUAUCGGUUACUGUAGAACAUUCACGUCCUGGGGUAUAAACAAGAAUCGGUUUUCGAAUCGAAUUAGUUGUUGUUUUUAACCGUUAUUUGCGAGCUGUAAUUCUAAAAGUAGAUAAUCUAGCUAAGAUAGGUGGAGGACCAGCUCCAUCCAUAUGUAUGAAAAUGCCAUGUAGAUUAAUGAGUUUUAUAAUCAGUCUGUCAUUUCUUUCUUAGACAACCAUGUUGAGCUAAUGCUAGCAAAAUUCCAAUGUGUUGUUAAGGUUAUUAGCGAGAUCAGGCUCAACUCAUGGAGACAUCUGCUUCUCAGAAGACAGGACUGGUGUUUAGUUGACUUGAUUUCUGUAGACAUGUCGAGCAGCAAUCUAACAGCAGAACAGCAGAGGAAAAUCGAGGAGAACAGACAGAGAGCACUGGCAAGGAGAGCUGAGAGACUUGCACAGGGAACACAACAACAACAACAACAACAUUCACAAGCUGUAACUGCACCACACAAGCCAUGUCAACCCCAAUCCCAUACUGCAGCAGGAGCAAAUGCAAAGUACAAGCCGAGCUUUCCUUCAAAACCUGCAGCAAGUAGCACGGCUCACAGUGUGAGAAAGACGCAGUUCACAGAUCCACUUCCCAUCCCUAAAAAAACCACUCCAGCACCUUCGACUAGUUUCUUACCUCUUAAACCAAAAUCUGGUGGCAGUGGUUCGAAGCCCGCUUCCACAGUGGCUAACUUCUAUGCAAAGAGUGUAAAGCCACCCACCCAGCCUUUAGACGAGAAGAUGACCAAACCUCUGGAAUCUUGCUCUUCUGUUUCUGAGAAGAAGGCUGCAGUGUGUGUGAGAGGAAAGUGUGUUCCUCAUUCAGAUGAGCGCUUCAGAGUACAGGUCAGCUACAACGCAGAGCUCAUCAACGUGUUUAAAAACAUUCCCUCCAGAAACUAUGAUCCUGGCACAAAGAUGUGGAACUUCAGCCUUGAAGAUUAUAAGCAAUUAAUGGAGGAGGUAGCAGGCCUGCCCUCAGUGUCUUUGAAGGCUCUGGAGGGGAUGGAAGGUUUGGAUUUAUCCGCCUCUAGCAUUCGUCCCAGAGACUCCGCAGCAUUGGCAGCUAUGAUGAAACUGUGCCAGGGCUGGCAGAAACCUGGGGCCACAGUCAAGGGGAGAUGCACACUUAUAUCUCGCUCUCGUCUGGAAGUGGACAUCACAUACCAUGCAGAUGUGAUAGGUGCCUUUAAACAGAUGCCUUCAAAAAACUAUGACAUGAAAACAAGGAAAUGGAGUUUCCUACUCGAGGACUAUGGAAAGUUGUUGGAGACUCUAAACAACAUUGCAACUGUAGAGGUCGAACCGUUACCACGUGCUGUGCUCCUGGUCUUUUCCUCCCAGUUUGAGAAGAGCCUUUCCACAGCUGCAGAAAUCCCUGAAGCUGAUCUCUCGAGCAUCGAUAUGACUCUCACACGUAGCCUCAUGCCCUUUCAGCAACAUGGUGUCAACUUCGCAGUGUGCAGAGAAGGCCGUCUGCUCCUGGCUGAUGAAAUGGGCUUGGGGAAGACGGUGCAGGCCAUCUGUAUUGCAGCCCACUACAGGAAGGAGUGGCCACUGCUAAUAGUUACUCCAUCGUCCGUACGCUUCACCUGGGCUGAGGCGAUACGGCGCUGGUUGCCCUCAGUAGCAGCAGACAGCAUUAAUGUGGUGGUGACAGGAAAAGACAAUCUUCGCUCUGGUCUCGUCAACAUCAUCAGCUAUGACCUGCUUAGCAAGAUGGGAAAGCAGGAUUUAACCAGUCCAUUUGGUGUGCUUAUUAUGGAUGAGUCUCACUUCCUGAAGAACAUUAAAACUGCUCGAUGUAAGGCUGCUCUUCCUCUGCUAAAGACUGCUAAAAGAGUGAUCCUGCUGUCAGGAACUCCUGCUAUGUCCCGUCCAGCUGAGCUCUACACACAGAUUCUGGCUGUGAGGCCAACACUUUUUCCCCGUUUCCAUGAUUUUGGAUUGAGAUAUUGUAAUGCUAAGCAGCUCCCCUGGGGUUGGGACUAUUCCGGCUCCUCUAAUUUGGCCGAAUUAAAGUUGUUGUUAGAGGAGAGUCUCAUGUUGAGGCGAUUAAAAUCCGACGUACUCUCACAGCUUCCUGCCAAACAGCGCAAGGUCGUCACUGUUACUACAGACGGCAUCAACGCCCGAACAAAAGCUGCACUCUCAGCUGCAGCCAAAGAACUGGCCAAAGGAUGCCAUAAUAAAAUGAAAGAGAAGGAGGCUCUUCUGGUUUUUUUUAACCAUACAGCAGAGGCCAAGAUUCGAGCCAUCCUGGAGUACAUUUCAGACAUGCUGGAGUGUGGCCGAGAUAAGUUUCUGGUGUUUGCGCAUCACAAACGAGUCCUGGACAGCAUAACUAAAGAACUCACAGAUAAGGGAAUCAGUCAUAUCCGUAUCGACGGGUCUACACCCUCAGCCGAGCGCCAGCAGCUGUGUGAGAAGUUCCAGUUCUCUGAGCAGAGCUGUGUGGCUGUGCUCUCCAUCACAGCUGCCAAUAUGGGUCUCACUCUGCAUACUGCCGACCUUGUCGUGUUCGCAGAACUCUUCUGGAACCCAGGGAUAUUAGUUCAAGCAGAAGACAGAGUGCACCGUAUUGGUCAGACCAGGAGUGUGGACAUUCACUACCUUGUAGCCAAAGGCACAGCUGAUGACUAUCUCUGGCCAAUGAUCCAGGAAAAGAUGAAUGUUCUAGAACAGGUUGGCUUAUCCGAGUCCAAUAUUUCAGACAAGGCAGAGUGUGCCAGCUUCCACAGCAGGGACCCUAAACAGCAAAGAAUCACAGAGAUGUUCCAGAGAUCAUUCACAGAGGAGGAUAUGGAUGAAUCGAUGCUUUUAGAGGCUGUGAAUGACUGGGAGGACACUGAGCAGACCGACUCGGUCAACCACCAGGAGGAUGACUUUUCAGAGAGCCCCAGCAAGAAAAGACGAAUAGAUGACUAUUUUAAAAGAUAACUGAAACUAGUAAACAUUC